UCUAACCGUUUUUGCCGUUCUCUCUUUCAAUCUUCGUCUGUCUACCGCGGGAGAAAUCACCGAUGGAUUACAGAGCUUUGGACUCCAUUACUGUGACUGACAUCAAAGCUCUCGGGAUUGCUUCUGAAGUUGCCGACGAACUCCAUGGACUUCUUACAGAUAUCAUUCGUAGCUACGGUAAUGGCUCUCCCGAGACUUGGUGCCACAUCUCCAAGCGAGUUCUUAGCCCCGACCUUCCCUUCUCCUUCCACCAGAUGAUGUAUUACGGGUGUUACAAACACUAUGGUUCUGACCCGCCCGCUUGGAUGCCUGAGCUGGAGAGUGCAGUUUUCACAAAUGUUGGGCAGCUAUUAGAGAGGCGAGGGAAGGAGUUUCUGGGGUCAAAUUAUAGAGACCCCAUAACGAGUUUCUCCUCUUUCCAGGAGUUUUCAGUUUCAAGCCCUGAGGUCUAUUGGAAAGCCGUGUUAGAUGACAUGCAUAUAACUUUUUCUAAACCUCCAAAAUGCAUAUUGCAAAUGAAUGAUUCUCCAGAUUGCCAAUCUCCAUGUCCUGGUGGUCAAUGGCUUCCUGGAGCAGUAUUUAACCCAGCCAAGGAUUGCCUAUCUUCAAAAGAGAAUAGGAGUUUGGACGACGCAGCAAUCAUUUGGCGUGUUGAAGGAUGCGAUAACAUGCCCGUGAAGAGAUUGACACUCAGAGAAUUGCGUACAGAGGCUUGGUUAGUAGCACAUGCUCUCAACUCACUAGGUUUCGAGAAAGGAACUGCUAUAGCAAUUGACAUGCCAAUGAAUGUAACUUCUGUGGUCAUCUAUCUUGCUAUAGUUCUGGCUGGUCAUGUGGUUGUCUCCAUAGCUGAUAGUUUUGCUGCACGGGAAAUAUCCACAAGAGUCAAUAUAUCAAAAGCAAAAGCUAUUUUUACUCAGGAUCUUAUUAUUCGUGGAGAUAAAAGUAUACCCUUGUAUAGUCGAGUUGUAGAUGCUCAGUCACCUCUGGCAAUUGUAAUUCCCACCAGGAGCACUGGUUUAAGCAUGAAAUUACGAGCUGGAGAUAUUUCUUGGCAUGCCUUUCUAGAGAGAGUCAAAGAUCUGAAAGGAGUGGAAUUUGCUGCUGUGGAACAAUCAGCAAAAUCAUUUACAAAUAUCCUUUUCUCAUCUGGAACUACAGGAGAGCCAAAAGCAAUCCCAUGGACGCUUGUAACACCUUUGAAAGCUGCGGCCGAUGCAUGGUGCCACAUGGACAUUCAUAAAGGUGAUGUUGUUGCUUGGCCCACUAAUCUUGGGUGGAUGAUGGGUCCGUGGCUUGUUUAUGCUUCACUAUUGAACAAAGCUUCAUUGGCAUUAUACGAUGGAUCCCCACUUGGUUCCGGAUUCGUUAAAUUUGUACAGGAUGCCAAAGUAACAAUGCUUGGAGUGGUUCCAAGUAUUGUCCGGUCAUGGAAAAGUACAAACUGCACAUCUGGUUAUGAUUGGUCUUCAAUCCGUUGUUUUUCCUCCACUGGUGAAGCAUCUACUGUCGAUGAAUGCCUAUGGCUAAUGGGAAGAGCUGGCUAUAAGCCUGUCAUUGAAAUUUGUGGUGGGACGGAGAUCGGUGGUGGAUUUGUUGCAGGGUCAUUGUUGCAGGCUCAGGCAUUGUCUGCUUUUAGCACUCCAGGAAUGGGGUGCAGUCUUUUCAUUCUUGGCAAUGAUGGUUUUCCUCUCCCACAAAAUAUGCCAGGAAUUGGUGAGUUAGCACUCGGACCUUUCCUGUUUGGAGCUUCAAGUGCUCUGUUGAACGCUGACCAUUAUGAUGUCUACUUCAAGGGAAUGCCCCGUUGGAAUGGAAUGGUGUUAAGAAGACAUGGAGAUGUGUUUGAGCGUUCUCCUCGAGGAUAUUAUCGAGCACAUGGUCGUGCAGAUGAUACUAUGAAUCUUGGAGGCAUAAAGGUGAGUUCAGUAGAGAUUGAACGCAUCUGCAAUAGUGUUGAUGAAAGCAUCCUUGAAACAGCUGCGAUCGGGGUACCGCCACAUGGGGGAGGCCCCGAACAGUUGACGAUAGCAAUUGUAUUCAAGAAUCAAAAUGGAAGUACCCCUGAUCUAAACAAGUUAAAAUUGUGUUUCAAUUCAUCUCUACAGAAGAACCUGAAUCCAUUAUUCAAGGUUCACCGUGUGGUUCCUUACCCUUCCCUGCCGAGGACUGCAACCAAUAAGGUGAUGAGAAGAAUAUUGAGACAGCAACUUGCAGCUGAACACAGAUCAAAGCUCUGAAUUGCAGACCUUGCUGUACUUUAUGAGUCUCUUCUUCUGCAAAUUAGGCUCCCUCCUUAGUAAUUUAUUCCUCAUUCUUUCAAAUAAAAUAAGAUUUGGAGCUAUAUAUAUAUAUAUCAAAUUUGUUAA